AUGCAAGCUAUGAACUCAUUUCAAAGCACCGGAGAAAAUGGUGCUUCGUCCGGCGAACAAAUGAGUCACGCUCAUUUCGAUCCUUCGUCGUCUCACGACGACUUUCUCCAACAGAUUCUCUCUUCCGUUCCAUCUUCUUCUCCCUGGCCUGAAAUCUCCGGCGACGGUAACCCGUACAAUUUCGACGACCAUCAGUCAACUCUCUUGGCUUCCAAGCUCCGACAGCAUCAGAUCAACGGAGGUAGCUCCGCCGCCGCAGCUGCUAAAGCAUUGAUGCUUCAGCAGCAGCUUUUGCUUUCUAGAGGAAUCGCCAGUAAUGGCGGUGCUGGGAUGAACGGCGAUCAAAACGACGACGGUUUGAAUCCGGGAAAUGAGAUUUCAGUUCAAGCUCUUUACAAUGGAUUCGCUGGAUCUCUUGGUCAAACCUCUAAUCAAUCCCAGCAUUUUCACCAUUCUCAGGCACAGAGUUUCGGAGCACAGGCGGCGGCGUUGACGAUGAAUCAAACGCCGGCGGCGAGUGGUUCAGCUGGUGGAGCGCAGCCAAAGCAACAGAAAGUUAGGGCUCGAAGAGGACAAGCAACUGAUCCUCACAGCAUUGCUGAAAGAUUACGGAGAGAGAGAAUUGCAGAGAGAAUGAAGUCUUUGCAGGAACUGGUACCUAAUGCCAAUAAGGUUCUGAGUAUGAGCAGAUUGGGCGGUGCUGCAGCUGUUGCUCCCUUAGUUGCUGAUAGGUCAUCUGAGGAAGCAAUAAGAUUUUUUGAUAUAAUCACACGGGAGGAGGUGGUUGUGUACAAGGAAAUGGAGGUCGGGGCGGCAGUAACGGAACGACGUCGUCUGCAAACAACGACAGCAGCAUGA